UGCCCGCCUCACCCCCGCCGGAGCUGGGUCGAGAGUCGUCGAAGGAGGAGGAAGAGGAGGAGGCCCCGCCUCCGGUGGCCUCCUCCGGGGAGAACGCACCUCCUCCGGCGGCGGAGGAGCCCGACGGCGGCCGACCCGAGGGCGAGGCCCCCCUGCAGACCAGGAUGCAGGAGCUGGACGAGCACAACCGGCAGCUGGGGCAACGGCUGAGCAAGCUACGGCGCCUGCUGAACGGGGGCACCAACCUGGCCCGAAGCAGCACGCUGCAGACGCGCUCGGUGACGGCCUCUCAGCUCGCCAGCGACUCCCCAGCGCCCGAAGGUGGCUGUGGGCGUCCGAUUCCGCUGGCUUUUUCGCUGCCCAGCAGAGAACAGUUCAACGCAGAGCUGCUGAGUGCGUAGCUGCGUAGCUGCGUAGAUUGCCCCCUCCCCCACCGUUGGUGGAAGUUAUGAC